AGAUGAUUGGUGACGACGCCAGGCUUGCGUUUAUUUUGGCUGUGCUUUUCAUUUGUCUUGCUGUCGCCGCCAUUAAACUAGACGGGGUCAGUUGUAAACCAUGGAGAGCUGCGACUUUAUACUCUAACUCACAGACUUCGGAGGACUUGUCUUUGUUGUGCGAGGUGUCGUGUUCGUAAAGGUGAACAUGUGAGAGACAGAAGGAGUCGACAUUUUUCGGACAGGGAAAGGUUUGAUUGAGCAGGAGGAGGGGGGAACUGGACGAAGAGGAGGAGGAGGUGGUGGAGGGGGUAAAGCAAGACGGGAAGGAUUUGGUGUUUUUGAGAGGCCAACACAGGCACUAAACGCUGGAUUUUACCCACCAGAAAAAAAGCAACCCACAAUGACGGAACAAAGAGUGAAGUGGGCCUGUGACUACUGCACCUAUGAGAACUGGCUUUCUGCAGUCAAGUGUACAAUGUGCCGGGCACCAAGGUUGACGGGUCCCAUUAUCACAGAGGAGCCUUAUAGAAACCCCCCUGAACUUGACCCCAGUCCAGAAUGGGAUCCUUCUAGAACUGAGAGUGGGAGCAGCCUUCUGAUCUGCCCAGACUCUAGUGCCAGACCUAGAGUCAGGACAUCCUGUGUGGCUGAGCUUGCCAAUAAGUGGUCCUGUCAGAUGUGCACCUAUCUGAACUGGCCACGUGCCCUUCGUUGCACACAGUGCCUGUGUCAGCGUCCCAGGACCAGCAGCCCUACAGAGUCCCCUCAGACUUCAGGCACCAACGCAGGCUGCCGCCCCACUGUCCACUCUCCCGUGGAUACGUGUGAGGAGUAUAACGACAGGAACAGACUCAACACCCAUCAGCAACAGUGGACAUGUAUAACUUGCACUUACCAGAACUUGCCCAGAACUACAAAGUGUGUGAUGUGUGACCUCCCCAAACCUAACAACCAGGAAGCAAUAGGGGUCCCAGAGCCUGCAGAGUCCUCUCCCUUGAUCAUAGAGCAGGACAUGGCGAGGUGGAGGGGCAGCUGCAGUGGCAGCCAGGUCCAAAGGAGAUCACCUCCUAUGGCUAAGAGGGAGGACUUCCAGAGGAUAGAACUCGCAGCUGGAGCCAUGAGCACAGAGGAGCAUGAGGUUAACUUCAAGAAGCUGAAGCAGAUCAGAAACCGGAUGAGGAAAACUGACUGGCUCUUUCUUAGUGCGUGUGCAGGUGUCGUAGAAGGAGACCUGGCUGCAGUGGAAGCCUACAAGUCGUCAGGCGGUGAUAUCGCUCGGCAGCUCACUGCUGACGAGGUGCAGCUGCUUAACCGGUCCUCAGCUUUUGAUGUGGGCUUCACCCUGGUCCACUUGUCCAUUCGCUUUCAGAGGCAGGACAUGCUAGCUAUCCUGUUGACAGAGGUGAAUCAGCAGGCAGCGAAGUGCAUUCCCUCCAUGGUGUGUCCCGAGCUGACGGAGCAGAUCCGGAGGGAGAUCGCAGCUUCCCUUCAUCAACGUAAAGGGGACUUUGCCUGUUACUUCCUCACUGACUUGGUCACAUUCACUCUGCCUGCAGAUAUUGAGGACUUGCCCCCUGCUGUUCAGGAGAAGCUGUUUGAUGAUGUGCUUGACCGAGAUGUACAGAAAGAACUCGAGGAGGAGUCUCCAGUUAUUAACUGGUGCCUGGAGCUGGGAACACGCCUGGACAGUCGUCUGUACGCCUUAUGGAACCGUACGGCCGGAGACUGUCUGUUGGACUCAGUUCUGCAGGCCACCUGGGGGAUCUACGACAAGGACUCAGUUCUCCGCAAAACUCUUCAUGACAGUCUGCACGACUGCUCUCAUUGGUUUUACAGUCGUUGGAAGGAGUGGGAGUCUUGGUACUCGCAGAGUUUCGGUUUACAUUUCUCCCUGAGAGAAGAGCAGUGGCAAGAGGACUGGGCGUUCAUCCUGUCAUUGGCCAGCCAGCCUGGGGCCAGCCUGGAGCAGACCCACAUUUUUGUUCUCGCGCACAUUCUUCGGAGACCCAUCAUAGUCUACGGAGUGAAAUACUACAAAAGUUUCCGUGGGGAAACCUUGGGAUACACUCGCUUUCAAGGUGUGUACCUGCCUCUGUUAUGGGAACAGAGCUUCUGCUGGAAGAGCCCCAUUGCCCUGGGCUACACACGGGGACACUUCUCCGCCCUGGUGGCCAUGGAGAAUGAUGGUUAUGACAAUCGUGGUGCAGGUGCCAACCUCAAUACUGACGACGAUGUCACGGUCACCUUUUUGCCGCUAGUGGACAGCGAGAGGAAGCUGCUUCACAUUCACUUUCUGUCUGCUCAGGAGAUGGGCAACGAGGAGCAGCAGGAGAAACUGCUGAGGGAGUGGCUGGACUGCUGCGUGACUGACGGAGGCCUCUUGGUCGCCAUGCAGAAAAGCUCCCGCCGCCGUAACCACCCCCUGGUCACCCAGAUGGUGGAGAAGUGGCUGGACAGAUACCGCCAGAUCCGCCCCUGCACCUCUCUUUCUGACGGCGAGGAGGACGACGACGAAGAUGAGUGAGAAGACAGUUGAAACUUGUACUUCUUUGAAAUGGACAUUGUAGACUCUGGGUGAGAGGACUUGGCCCUCUAAUUCUUUUUUUUCCCGCAAUGUAUGCUCCUUCUCUGUAAUACUGCAUGAUUUUCAUGAGCUCUGUAGUAGAGAACGUACCAGCAUCAUCAAUUCUGAAGACUUCUCCCAGAAAAGCACCUAAAUCCUUCUUAGUUUACCUUCCAGGGCUUACAUUUUUUCCCCCAUUUGUUACCUAGUGAUCACAAAGAGCUAAAAAAAAAAAAAGAAAGUCUGAAAAUAUACUGUAUGAAAGUGUUCCCCAAACUGCAAUGGAUUAGGAUUUUCAUCUACACACUUGCCUGGAAGAAAUUUUGUGAAGAUGAAGAGAAUGCUAAUUUUCUCAGUGGUUAAAUAACAUUUGUUUCUCUGAUUGCUUAUCUAGCUGCAAUCCCCCCCUUUUGAUGCAAGAUUUAUUUAUUUCAAACACCCUGCUUUUAGUUGCUCACCAUUUUUUUUUUUUUCUAGUUUUGUUUGAUUCACUUUGUCUUGAAGUAUUUUAUUUUGCACAGAUGAAACCUACAUUUUGUCAGCGGAAGGUCGGGAGGACGACAUUCAAGUUUGCUGUCAUUUUUAUGUACAACUCAUAGCUCAUGUUUGUGUUUGAAGAGUGAGCGGUGGCGACGCCGGUGGGGAAAAGAGAUAACCAAACACUCUGCCUCUUCUGUGGAGAGCAUUAGUAUUAAAUUUAACUCACUUGCAUCCA